AUUGUCCGGAUCGUCGCUUCGUUCUAUUUGGGGGAAGAGCCUUGUCGUUCCGGAUCGUCGUUUUGUUUCUUUCGAGGGGGGUCCUUUGACGAACAAAGCGCUGUUGUCGUUGUCGUAUCGUCGUCAAUUCGUCGUCGAUCGUCGCUCAUCGAGAAGUAUCGAGAAGCUCGGAGAAGUAUACAUAUAUACCAGGGUGAUCGGGAACUGCUGUUCGACGACGUACUUACUCUCUGUUCUGCUCGUCUUGUCAAUCUCGACUCCUCCUUCUUCAAUACGAAUAGCAUCUUCGCCUUUUGCAUCUUCGCCAUGUCUUCCUCGCAACUCGCCAUCGCUGCUCCUCGUACGCCGACUGCUCAGCGAUCGCAAUCGGUGUUUCCUUCCCCAAGUGACUGCCCGGGACCUCGCACACCCAUCAAAGCAUUGGGUACUCCAGGAAGGUCGAAGUUCGGCUUGGCUAGAUCGGAGAUUGGAACAUCCUCUUCGGUCGCCAAGAUCUCGGGCUUGAUCGCGGGCUCCCCUCACCGUUCGCCGUCGCCUUCACCUCGUCGAGAAGCCUCGGUCUUGAGUGAUAUCAAACCCACCCAGACCGAGCUCGGAAUCAGCAGUGGUCGGGCUGGAUCCGUGGCUCGUAGUUAUCGAGCCCGGUCGAUCACUCGUGCUGGUUCGGUAGCCUCGAGCUUGUCUCCUUCGGAGUCCGCCAGCCAGAUCGGUACCGGUAGCAGGGCUCAGUCGACAAUCUCUAGGGCCUCUCGCGCUGUGCCCUAUCCGUUGAACUCGAGGGCCAGGACCAUGACCAGAUCUCCGGCUCCUCCGGUUCGGGAGCCUUUGUUUUCGAACCCGGAUGACGAUGACGACGAUGGCGAUGACGACGGGGUCACCUGUCUUUCCCCAGGUGGGGACCUGGACUACACCCCCGACGACGACGACAACGCGACGAUUCUACCAGAAGCCGGCGGCAAGCGUCUCGCCGCGACCUCGCCCUCGAAAUCGUCUCGUGCUUCCGGUAGUCUCACCAGCUCGGUCGGGUCGAUCGUCGAUACUCCCAAAUUCAAGCCCCACCCUCUCGGCAUGGACUCUGUUGAACUUCAGAUGUUGAAUCAAGAUAUCCUAUCCUUGUUAUUUGCUAAUCCAGCUAACAAGGAGGGUCUGCGGGACAUCUGCAAAGAAUACGGGUUUCAGUCCCCUGUGGAUCUGAAGCGCAUGAUGACCGAAACGAUCAGACGCGCAGCCGACUCAAACGACGGCAAGUUCCUCACGACGUCAAUCGAAGACCCUCGAAAGUCUUAUAAGCCGUCCCGAGUCAUCAACGAUCCCGACAACCCCAUGAAUAUCGACUAGGACGAGUGGCGAUUUUACGACAUGU